AUGCCAAGAACCACAGUGCUCUACCGGCUGCGGCCACCGCGGGCGCCUCCGCUGCCCACUCUUGAGGUGUACCCGACCGUGUCGCCGCAGACGGUCGUCAUCCCGAUCGUGUCCAGCAUCAUCGUGUUCCCGGCCGCGGCGCUCACCGUCAUCUGCUGUCUGCGGUACCGGGCCAGGCGCGCCCGCCGCAGAGCCAAGCGACCCAGGCUUGGUGACAAGGCUGACCGCGCUGUUCCAGUAAUCCGUAUAGAUGGCACGAGAAGAACCGGCCUGGAGCCUAAAGGCAAGUGGCGGAGACGAGGCGACGACUGCAAGCAGAUGAACGAGCUGCACUACACCAGCGCCACAGUGUGA